AUGGGCUUCGACGAGGAGGAGCCCCCGGCCGCGGGGCCCAGGGGCCCCAGUGGGGCCGAGGCGGGGCCGGAGGGCGCCGCGGCCAGGACGCCGUCGCCACCGCACGCAGCGGCGGCGCCGCCCGUGGGCGAGCGGCCUCCGCCCGCGCUGUUCUGCGAGGUGCUGGAGCAGCUGCACGCGGCGCACCGGCGCGAGGUGGCCUACCUGGAGGGGGCGAUCUCGAGGCUGGCGCGCGAGGGGCGCCCCGAGGCGGGCGGCAUCGACGGCGAGUCGUCGAGCGUGUCCGAGGCCGAGUCGGGUGUGGUCAGCGACGUGGGCGAUCUCCCGUCCGCCCGCCAGGGGAGAUCUGCGGAUGCGCUGCCCCUGGAGGCAUGUGCUGCCAGCCAGCGGACGGGAGCAGAAAGCAAGGCCUCGUCCCUCUUGUCGAGCCAAGGAUCGAUGCAGACCUACGACACAGAGGGGGGAGCGGCGGACUCCACCUUGGCAGCUGCCCGCGCUGGCAAGUCCAAGUCGGGCCUGUCGGAGUCCGUGGACCAAGAGGUGGGCGAGCUGAGUCGCGGCCAGUACGUGUGGCAGUGGCAGCGCUCCAAGGGUGGUUUUCGGAAUUACCCUCCCAAGCAGAACGCGCGCAUCGAAGAUGCCUACCGCCGUGGUCAUUCCAUGGUGCGCAUUAAGAGCGGCAGGGAGGGCCAGACGCCGAUGGAGAUCUUCUUUGUUGACAUGCACCAGCUGGAUCCCAGCUCUCGUAACAUCCGGCCGGUGCGCCGUCUUGGCAACAAGAGUUGGUACAUCGAGACGGCGCGUCAUGUCCAGGCCAUCGCGAGGUCAGUUUUUUUGGGUGAGCCACGCUGGGAGUCCUUCGAGAAAUACAAGAAGCGCCAGCAAAACAUUCUGGGCACAGGCACAGGGGAGCUGACGACCGUAAUUACCUCCAAUCUGAGCAGCCACCAGAAGGGCUUCAGAUCGCACUGGACAAAGGCCGACAACAUCUGCGCCUGGAUCUCAGAGAGCGCAUCGUUUUUCACGAUCUCGAUGCUCGUCACGCUGCUAAACGUUAUUUGGAUUGGGGUCAGUGUCGAGCUUGGCGAGUUCAACCUGAGUUUGUGGGAUCGGCACGGUCUGUCGAUACUUCUCGAGCACAUCUUCAUGCGCGGGUCGGCGGAUUUCGUCGUUGAGUUGAUGAUCAAUUUCAUCAGCAUGAAGUGCAAAGCGUUGUGGUUCCGAAGCACCUGGUUUUGCCUCGACGCACUGUGUACUGCUUCGAUCGUGCUGGAGGUCCUGGUGGUCCCUUACACAGCGAUCGCAGCGGGUUCCACGCCCGCUUUGCAGGUCCUGCGGCUAACGAGGUUGGCAAGAAUGCAACGGCUUUUGCGCGACAUCAAGGACGUCAUGGUCAUCCUGCGGGGGAUGGUCAGUGGAAUGCGCUCUGCAGCCUUCAUCUGGGUCCUCAUCGCAAUCCUCUUGUACACGUGCAGCGUGCUGCUCACCACUGGUACCAGUGACGAGCACGAGUUUUUGAGGGACAAGUAUUUCGGAUCUAUGGGGCAGACAAUCACGACGCUGGUCGCCCACGGCAUCGCCCUGGAUGGUGUUGCCGACUUCUUUCAGGACUUGCGCAUGCACCACGGGCUCUUCCAAGGGCUUGUAUUCGCCGUUUUCGUGUUCCUAACUUAUUUUGGGGCGUGGUGGCGGACUGAACAUGCUGGUCGGUGCGUUCUGUAA